UCUAGCAACGGGACACAAGGCCAGAAGCUACAACAUGUACCAUCCACGAGAGUUGUACCCCUCCCUGGGGACUGGCUACCGUCUGGGACACCCCCAGCCUGGGGCAGACUCUAGCUUCCCACCUGCCCUGGCAGAGGGCUACCGCUACCCUGAUUUGGAUACCUCUAAACUGGAUUGCUUCCUCUCUGGGAUUGAGGCAGCCCCCCAUACUCUGUCUGCACCCCCUCCUUUGCCCCUUCUGCCAACUUCUCUGGGCCCUGAGACAGCACCACCACCUCCAGAGGCCCUUCACUCGCUUCCUGGGGUCAGCCUGAGCCUGGAGAACCAGGAACUGUGGAAGGAGUUCAGCGCUGUGGGGACAGAGAUGAUCAUCACCAAGGCUGGCAGGCGCAUGUUCCCUGCUUGCCGAGUGUCAGUCACUGGCCUGGACCCGGAGGCCCGCUACUUGUUCCUUUUGGAUGUGGUUCCAGUGGAUGGGGCUCGAUACAGGUGGCAGGGCCAGCACUGGGAGCCUAGUGGCAAGGCUGAGCCCCGCCUGCCAGACCGUGUCUACAUUCACCCUGACUCUCCUGCCACGGGUGCCCACUGGAUGCGACAGCCAGUAUCCUUCCAUCGCGUUAAGCUCACCAACAGCACGCUGGACCCCCAUGGCCACCUGAUCUUGCACUCCAUGCAUAAGUACCAGCCCCGAAUCCACCUGGUGAGGGCCACCCAGCUUUGCAGCCAACACUGGGGGGGUGUGGCCUCCUUCAGAUUUCCCGAGACCACAUUCAUCUCUGUGACAGCCUACCAGAACCCUAGGAUCACACAGCUGAAGAUCGCAGCCAACCCCUUUGCCAAAGGUUUCCGAGAGAAUGGCAGAAACUCUAAGAGGGAGCGAGAUGCUCGUGUGAAGAGGAAACUUCGGGGUCCAGAGCCGGCGGCCACAGAGGCCUGUGGGAGUGGGGAUACACCAGGGGGGCCCUGUGACUCCACCCUAGGUGGGGACAUUCGGGACUCAGAUACAGAGCAGACUCCAGCUUCUGCUCCAGCUCCUCCAUGUGGUGGUCCCAGUGCUGAGGCCUACCUCCUACACCCUGCAGCUUUCCAUGGAGCUCCCAAUCACCUACCAGCCAGGAACCCCAGCUUCCCUGAGGCUCCAGACCCUGGGCGCCCAGCCCCCUACUCAGCUGCAUUCCUGGAGCUACAGCCUGGAUCAGGGGGCUCUGCCUAUCAGGCCGCUCCAUCCUUUGCUCCACAUUUCAUUCAAGGGGGCCCCUUCCCUCUACCAUACCCAGGACCUGGAAGUUAUCUGGACAUGGGAUCCAAGCCAAUGUACUGAGCUGAGUAGUAAGCCAAGACAGGGCCUAUGCCAUCUUCCCUUUAAAACCUCCUGCUCCCUUCCCCCAGCCUGGUAGCACCCUCAUUCAAGUGCCCCCACUACCACCAAAUGGCUGCCUUGGGCCUCUCUCUCCUCUACCCCUUACUUCACACCUUGAUUUCACUCCACCCCCUCUGGCUUCAAAGCUCAGGCAAGGCUGCUCAGAGCCCAGCUGGGGCCAGCUUCCCC